AUGUAAUAGCAAUCAAGAACAAUUUGCUAAUUACCAAAUAGACCUAAAAGAGGAGGAAAUUUAAGCGAAGACAUCAGAAUUAGAACACUUGAUACUAAUCAUUUUGAACUUUAGUUUUUAAAUGAUGUGUUACUUCAUAUCUAUAGUUUUUAAAUAGAACCAGCAAUUCCUAUGGAAUCAGAGAAACAAAUUUUAAGAUGCUUUGGUUAAUUUAAAAGAGAAAUAUUUAAUGAAGGAAUAAAGAAAUUUUGCAUAGCAGGCACUAAUCUAUGGAGUUAUGAUUUAAAGAAGGAUCAAUUUCAAGUUGAAAAGUAAAUUGAAACAGAGAAAUAUAGAAUUGAUAUUAAAUAUGUGAAGACAAUUAAUUUAAAAGAAAUAACUUAGAAGAACGAUCUAUAAUCAAUAUGUGUGGCUAAAUAAGCUAUCAAUUCCAUAUUAAAAUAGAUAUAUGAAAAAAGAAGAAUGAAAGAAUUGUUUGGAAAAGGUAAAUUUUAUGAUACAUCCAGGAUUAAUGAAAAUGAACUUAAAGAAUUUUAUAUUUCAUUUAUGACAGGUUAUAGAAGUGUACUUUGUUGUAGUAAAUCAGCACCUUUACUCUAAAUUGAUUAUAGUACUAAAUUGAUUAAUACAGAAACUAUCCUACAAACUUUAUCUGAUUAUGAUCUUAAUGAUAUNACCAUGAGUUGCUUAUCGUUAAGACAUCAGAUUUUGUAAAUAAUAUUUCUUUUAUACUUAUUCAGGAGUUAAAAAUUUCAUUCCUCCUCUAUCUAAUUAAUUUAUCUCUGCUUAUAUUUUAGCCAUAUCUUUUUCAUAUUCUCCUUAGAUAAUAUGUAAUCUUUUACUAAUAAUAAAAAUUACUUAUUCAAUAACGAAAACAUUUCUUAUGCCUCUUAAUCAUGA